CACAGGUGGUCGCGCCGGGCUUCGCGGCGAUGUUGCCCAAAGUUCUCCUGGCCCUCCUGAAUAUAUUCAUGAUUCUGCAGGCCAGGCUCGGAGGACAUCUGACUACACUGAAUAACAAGACCAGUGCUCGUGAUGAUUUCGUCUAUGGCCCCCAGCCUAAGCCCCAGCCUAGGCCCCAGCCCCAGCCUAAGCCCCAGCCUCAGCCUAAGCCCCAGCCUCAGCCUCCUCAGCCUCACCCUCAGCCCCAGCCCCAGCCCCGCCCUCAACUUCUGCGUCACCCUCACCCUCAACCCCAGCCCCUGCCCCAGCCCCAACCCCAACCCCAGCCCCAGCCCCAGCCCCAGGUCAAUCAUCUGGGAAGGAAGCUCCUGUCUGAAGAAACAAUGCUGAAUGUUACCGAGACUGCACGCACAGGUAGCAAACUGCCAGAAGCUUCUCGAAUCCUGAACACCAUCCUGGGUCACUAUGACCACAAGCUGCGUCCUGGCAUUGGUGAGAAGCCCACUGUGGUCACUGUUGAGGUCUCUGUCAACAGCCUUGGCCCCCUUUCCAUCCUGGACAUGGAAUAUACAAUUGAUAUCAUGUUCUACCAGACCUGGUAUGAUGAACGCCUUCGUUUCAAUGACACCUUUGAGUCCCUCGUUUUGAAUGGCAACGUGGUGAGCCAGUUGUGGAUCCCGGAUACCUUCUUUAGGAAUUCUAAGAGGACCCAAGAGCAUGAGAUUACCAUGCCCAACCAGAUGGUUCGCAUCUACAAGGAUGGCAAGGUGUUAUACAUGAUUAGGAUGACCAUUGAUGCGGGAUGUUCACUCCACAUGCUCAAAUUUCCAAUGGAUUCUCACUCUUGCCCUCUGUCUUUCUCUAGCUUUUCCUAUACUGAGAGUGAGAUGAUCUACCAGUGGGACAAUUUCAAGCUUGAAAUUAAUGAGAAGAACUCCUGGAAGCUUUUCCAGUUUGAUUUUACUGGACUUAGCAACAAAACUGAAAUCAUCUCAACCCCAGCUGGUGACUUCAUGGUCAUGACUUUUUUCUUCAAUGUGAGCCGGCGGUUUGGCUAUGUUGCUGUUCAAAACUACGUCCCCUCUUCUGUGACUACGAUGCUAUCCUGGGUUUCCUUUUGGAUCAAGAAAGAGUCUGCUCCAGCUAGGGCCUCUCUAGGGAUCACCUCUGUACUCACCAUGACUACACUGGGCACCUUUUCUCGUAAGCAUUUCCCGCGUGUUUCCUAUAUCACAGCCUUGGAUUUCUACAUUGCGAUUUGCUUCGUCUUCUGCUUCUGUGCUCUGUUGGAGUUUGCUGUGCUCAACUUCCUCACCUAUAACCGGACCAAAGCCCAUGCGUCUCCAAAACUCCGCCAUCCUCCGAUCGCUGGCCGUGCCCAUGCCCGUACUCGUGCUCGUGCCCGCGCCCGCGCCCGUGCCCGUGCCCGCCAGCAGCAGGAAGUGUUUGUGUGCGAGAUUGUCACCUCUGAGGGAAGUGAUGGAGAGGAACGCCUGUCUUGCUCGGUCCAGCGCACCCCCAGCCCAGGUAGCCCCCAGCGUUCCCGGAGCCCUUAUUCCAAGGUCGCUUGCUAUGAGUGCUGCAAGGGUUUCAAAAAGUAUUUCUGCAUGAUGCCUGAUUGCGAGGGCAGCACCUGGCAGCGAGGUCGCCUCUGCAUCCACAUCUACCGCCUGGAUAAUUACUCACGAGUUGUUUUCCCAGUCACUUUCUUCUUCUUCAAUGUGGUCUACUGGCUUGUCUGCCUUAAUCUGUAGGUGCCACCAGGUACCCUGUGGGGGCAGCCUCUCCAGUUCCCCGGGAGGUCCCAAGCCCCUUGCUAAGGGAGUUGGGGGAUAGCAGCAGCAGCAGGACUACCUAGAAAGUAUCUUUGCUUCCCUCUUACCCAAAUGCCAGCUUAAGGAGAGUUUAUCGGUCACUGUCCCCUUCAUUCAGUCUCCUCAGAAACCCCUUUCAGGUAACAUAGCACAAUCUCUCUAUUCUUUUAAGGAGCAUUCAUGAUGCUCCACCCCCAGAAUUGUAGCCUCUCAGUGAUUAGUUCCCCCAAACCCUUCCCAUGUAUGAGCAGACUAGCAGACAGCUACUGCCUAUUCCCCCAAACCCAUUACUGCCUUUAUGGUGCUAAUGGGCCCAGCUUGACCUUGGCCUGAAAGUUUACAGGGCAGCAGUACAACAGGAGGAGGUGCCCAUCCUUACAUCAGUUGAGUACAUUCUUGGUUCUAUUUCCCUGCCCUCCAUUUCCCUGCAGACAGAUAACACUGGCAUCACCUCGUUAGGAGGAGGGAGCCAGCAAGUGGACCUAUGGAGGAUGGUAUUUUGGCUGCUGUGACACCUCCCUCCCCCCCGCCUCCAUCUGCACUACCAAUUCAAUGCCCUGCAUCCAGUGGGUAUCUAUUCUCGUGUUUGGUGAUAGUAACAAAACCCCGCUUGAUAUGCCACCUUCUUCCUCCUCCUUGGCCCUUGUGAUGUUGUCUGUAACUCCCCAGUGACUUUCCCAGCCCUGAUCCAGGUGCUAGGCCUUGGUGAUUUCUUGGUGCCAAGAAACUAAGCAAAUUCAGUCUUGCAGCGGACAUUGUUCGCCAUUGAUGGGUGCCCAUCUGAGGCACAGCUUAGGAAUCUGGCUGCUUCCUUGGCCAUUGGACCCAAGAGCCAGUCCACUGUUAUCCCUGGGGCACACACACAAUCACAAUCAAUUGAAUUCCCUUAAAUUUGUAUUGCACUUUACCUUUGGCAAAGCACUUUUGAUAAAUUGUUUCUAUUUAGAGCCUCAUAAUGGCCCUGUGACAUCUUCAGGGCAGGAUUCUUAUCCCAAUUGGGCAGAUGGUAACCUUGAGGCACAGAUUUCUACGGGACUGUGGAUCUCACUGAAAGCCACUCAGGAGCCCACUGUCACUUUCUAGACCACAGAGCAGGGCUACAUACCUCUGUUCACUAUGAUUCAAUUCUAUCUCUUCUGCUGACACCAAAGUGGCAGGGCCCAGAAUGGCAGGCUCUCCUCAACAAUGGUCUGCUCUGUUAACUGGGCCUGGAGGUGCUCAGAAUGUCCGUCCAGAUUGAAACUCUCUUGGCUCUAGUCACCUAGUGAGAUGAAUUUUGAAUUUGGACAUGCCCCAAUGCUUGUAUAUGCUGAAUGAAAUCUGUGUCUG